AUGACUGGAAAGGCAAAAGAGAUUGAAGAAAUUCCCAUGUGCGCGAAUUGUGCUAUUGGCACAGAAGAUGACGACCAGGAUACCGUAGUCCAAAAAGCUCUUCGACGGAUCGACAUAGCCGACGGGGGACUCAGCCGUAAUCGAUGGGAAAGAGGAAACGACAAAACCACCAUCGCGGGCACAAGAAAGUUUCGCCGAGCAUCAAGUAAAGUUACGAGACAUAAUGGAGAGGCCACGGCACUACCUGCACCGCUUGCACAUGGUUCAUCCCGAUUGGCUACUGAUGGUGCCAUAGAUCAUAGCGAGGAUGGUGGCUACUGCGCGGUACCUCUUGACUCGACCAUUUAUGUCGACGUCAACGAUCCUACUGGUCUACCAGCUUUCAAACCCAGUCCUACGAAGCCUAUCCCGCAACGUAUGCAACCACCGUGGAUGAAGACCCUCCCGAACCAGCACAAACCGUCAAGAGUAGUCAAUUCACGCCCGCAGUCAAUUCUAGACAACCACUUUAGUGAUGUGUUCUCUGUGUUAGCUAGCCGUUCUUUACCAUCAGAGCCAGAGACAGUAUGUCCUACAGCUAUAAAUUCACCGUCUCGAGUACUUUCACCCCGAAAACAACAACGAGAAUUGGAGCGUGAUACGGAAUACUUCCUAUCGAAAGCAGGACACGAUGACGUGGAGGACCUUAGAUCGUCUCCUGUAAUUGUUCCACGAGGACCGAACAUAUCUUUUGUGACAUCCGAACCUCUUAAAAGACCCUCUUCUCGCGUUGUGGGCUCGAAAUUGACCAGAAAGGAUUCUCUCCCUAUGGUUUCAGGUCAAUAUCGAAACCCGUCGCCAUACCCUGUACCGCCGCGUAGCUCAAGUGCUACCCCAAUGAUUCCGUCAAUAUCAGCCUCACCUCCGCAGUCCAUCGGCGAGGGAGAUGAAAGUGCUUCUCUGUUUCAGACAAGUGUAGACAAAAAGUCUCCUUCACCGCUUUCAACUGCCAUCGCACACAUGAAGAGCAAGAUCCACCGAAUCCCUCCACCACAAAGUACCGAAUACCUCGAGUUUUACAAACCAACACAAUCAGCUUCUGCAAGCAUCCACAGACCUACUGUCAGUAUCGCAGUGGCGGGCCGCGCAAAGGGGCGACGGGUCGGAAACUGGGAGAAGCCACAACCGGUUGUCGAGAUAACAAGGCGAGAUAUCGAUCUCGACCAGCCACGGAAGCAGGCAUAG